AUGUAUCCGGAUGAAAGAGAGGAAGAAGCGUUAGGUCCGAAAAUGAUCAGCACAACAUCACUUCAGCGACCUUCCCUAGCAACCGUUGAUGCACAACUGAUCUACGCAAGCACAUCAGCAGCAGCAACAGCAGGAGGAGGUACGAUAAAUCGACAUGAACUGCUCAGGAAGAUCUAUGGAAGUAGCAGUGCGAAGGAGUCAAUGAAGAAGAAAUCAAAACUGAAUCUGAAACCAUCAUCCGUGACUUUACUUCCACUAAAUGUGGAUAAUGACCUACAAAAACGAGAACAUGAAAAACGCCCACUUUCAGCGUUAUCUGCGUAUGCUGUACGAGGUGAUAGUUAUGGAAGAUCGCCGAGUCGUGAAAAAAUUGAUGAUUUGCAAGAAAAAUUAAUGAAUAUGAAGCGUAACUACGCGAUAAUCUUGAAGGAGAACAAUGUUUUGAAGACUCGAUUAAGAAGAUGUGCAAAUGAAGCGGCCAAAAAGGAUCACCAAUUGCGUAACGUCUUAAUCUCGCAGGCAGUUUUUUAUCUGCGAUCUUGUUGUUUGUGCUUGCUUUAUUGUCUACUGCUUGCAGCGUUUGAUACAGUGAAACCUCACGUACCCGGACCGUCAGACGAUCGUCAAACGAUCGUUAAUUCGUUACAACAGAAGAAUCUCAAAUAUGAGGCGAUGAUACGUGAAAUAUCCGAUGAAGUCAAUCGAUUAAAAGACGAUCGAAAAGCCAUGAAAAUCACAGAUCUUCGCGAGCAGAUCAUAUCACUUGAAAACGAAUGCCAACGACUCAAAAAGUGCCUUAAUUCGGCUGCACCACUCUCCAGAGAACAAACACUGAUACAUCGUGAACAGCUGAGUACGUUGCAUAAUUCAGUAGAACAAUUGAAGAAUGAAAAUGAACAACUCAAGAAAAGACUGGAAAAGAUAUAUCGCGAUUCAGAAGCAGUAACUGCAUCAUUGUCAACAUGCAAUCGUGCUGACUUGAUCGCUUUGGUUGUUCGCUUACAAAUGCAACUAAAACAUCGAAAUGGUAUGAUGCACCGCGAUCUCAAUGCAUUUGGUCUUUCAAAGAGACCGAUUACGAACCAUUCAUUCAAAAUUGGUGACGAGCAAAAGCAGCGUGAAUCGAAACUUGUGAAGGAACUUGAUAAAGCUCAGCAGAGAAUUAGAGCAAAAAGUGUGGUUAUUCAAAAUCUUCGAAAGGAAAUCAAAGCACUUGCUGAUGAGAAGAACAAGAAUGAAGCAGCAGCUAACGACCGUAAAACAGCAAAAAAUCGAAUAUCGUCGAUACAGCAGAGAUGCGCGACCGGUGCUGAGAAGAUACGGAUAUCGAACAAAAAGAAUUUAUCUGAUUCUUUAAUGAACACUACAGCAGCUAGUCAACACCAGUUGCGAAACAGUACCACGAGCGAUAAUCAACAGUCGCUAUUAUCCAAUCAUACCACUACUAUGGCCAACUCCUUAACGCCGGUUCACUCAACCGACCUAAAGAAUCUAGUCAAUGCAAGUGAACCAUCAGCGUCUCGUCAAUCAACCGCUUCAAAUUCUGAUUCAAGUGCAUCAAAGUCUGAAGAUUCAACUUCUUCUGUAUCGUCAUCAUCGACUCCGAGUCAUCGUACACUCAGAAAUCGUGCAUCUGAAUUGUCGGCGUCGACUGAUGAGGAAGUGCAUCGAAAAGCCGAAGAGAUACGGUACAAGAACGCUGCAAAAACAAUUCAGAAGCAAUGGCGUCUGCAUAGUAAUAGGCCACAACAACCGAACAGUUCAGAGGCGACGGAUAGGUGUGAUAUGUCAUCAAGUGCUUCAGCAACAAUAACACAAGAUAAGGUGCGCGAUGGAACGGCACUUGAUUUCGUUAUCGACAUGGUCUCGUCUCACUUUACACGACUUCAACUCCUUGAUAAACUUCAGUAA